AUGGCCGACGCUCAGUUCGCCCCAUCUUCCCAGAAGGAGGCUGGACAGAGCCCGGAAAGUGAGACGCGCAAGAAGCCCGACCCGAUCUCAGUCUCGAAUGGUUCAAAGCUGGCCUCACCCUUCCCGUCUCCCACCGACACGAACCGACCCGCCUCUCUGAGACAACCUCCGGCGACAGAUACGGUAGAGAAUGAGAGAGGCUUGGAAAGAAAAGAGGCAUCCAAAGCGACCGGAUCAAUCGCCUCGAAUAAGGAAAAUUUGCGUGCCUCCUCAACGCAACGUGGCUCUCCAAAAGAGCAUCCCUCCCCUAAAACUCGACUGCCGAACAGUGACAGAGACUCGCCAGUGAACCGUCACAGACACCAGGCUUCGAUACCUGGUGUGUCCCCUCCGUCUCGUGCGCCGAGUGUCCAGUUUCGCGAUACAGACAACGAAGCCCCUGAUGCGCCCGCAUCCCGGGGGCCAUCCCGGCCCUCAUCCGUGUACGGGGAGGAUGGAGAACAACCGAGAGGACGGUCAUUCAUGACCCGAUUGAAGUCACUCGCUGCAUCCCCACCCUUUGCAUCCCAUUCCAGGUCGGCGAGCGGAGCUACGAUUGGUGACUUCCGUCCAGCACCGGCCGACAUGGUGACUCCAGGCUCUGAGCGGGGUGAAUUUCGCUUCCCUGAGCCCCUGACUGAGGAGGGCAGUGACGCAGACGCUGAUGCGGAGGAAAGUGGUGCUGAGCAACAAGCUGAACGCCCCAAAAGGAAGAGAAUCCUGCGUCGUCGACGACAGACGGACGAAGAGGUUGGAAACCGCACUUCUCCUACAACUCCUAAGACUACACGCCGCCCAUCUUUCCACUUCGCAUCCUCCUUUGCUCCUUUUGAGAACUACCGGACCAAUCUAUUCCCUCGCAGAGCCAGCACCACGGACUUCACGCCUCAACCCCGCGAGGGAGUGUCCGAGGACGAGGGUCGUGCUCAGCUAAGCAGGCGCAAGAGGAGUACAUUGAGCACACGUGGCUUCUCUUAUAUCGGGAGGACACAGCAGGAUGGUAAUCAGGAUGAACCGCAGCGACCUAGUCAAUUACGGCGUCUUACCGGCAUUGGAGGCCCAUCGGACAACAAUGAGAGCCUUGCAGCUACCUGGAGACGCCAUCGAAACGAACGAGGCACUAGUGCUAGUGCACAGCGCUGGAGGCAAAUCAAAGCUGGUCUCAAGCUGAUCGGUCAACGGCGCAGGCCAGAGAAUGCGGUGGACAACAAGAAAUCAGCAGAGCUGCUCGCCGAACUGUCUUCCGCUGUACCUGCUGCUCUCAUCUUAGCCAGUGCGUUCCAACGCGAUGAACACGGAAGCAGGCGAAUUCCAAUUCUAUUGGAGCAAUUGAAAGUUCGUGUUACCGACAGUCGCAUUGACUCGCAUUCCGGUGACCGUCACCUGGUGUUCCGUAUUGAACUGGAGUACGGAAGUGGGAUGACACGAAUGAAAUGGGUCAUCUUCCGGACUUUGAGGGAUUUCGCCAACUUGCAUCUCAAGUACAAGCUUCACCUUGGCACACAAAAGUACAUUCAGCUACGAACAAGCGAGAAUAGCCCUAAUCUUCCUCGUUUCCCCAGAAGUGCUUUCCCUUACAUGCGUGGUGUUCGUGGACUGGAAAGCGAGUUUGAAGAUGAGGAAGAGGAUGGCGGAUACGAGACCGAGGCCAUGAGUGGCACCGAAAAGGCAGCAAAGAAGAAGGGCAAGAGCCCGCAAUAUCAGCGCAGACCUUCUCAGGGUAUUGCUCGCAGAAAGUCUAGCAUCACCAACCAGGAAGGGGAGUCUGCUGCUGGACCUUCGUCUACCCACGAAGGACCUGGUGGUAGACGGGAGACGUAUCCUGAAAGACAGCGGAAGAAGCUCGAGCUUUACCUGCAGAAGAUGAUUCGUUUUUUGAUAUUCCGAGCUGACAGCAACCGUCUCUGCAAGUUCCUUGAGCUGUCUGCGCUUGGUGUACGCCUUGCCGCCGAAGGGAGUUACCACGGUAAAGAGGGCUUCCUCAUCAUCCAAUAUUCAAAGGGUCUCGACUUCCGUCGAGCCCUAACGCCCUCGCUGAUCACGAAGCGGCACUGGCCCAAAUGGUUCCUUGUUCGUCACAGCUACGUGGUCUGCGUGGAUUCCCCCGAGGAGAUGAACAUUUACGAUGUCUUCAUGAUUGAUUCCCACUUCAAGAUGCAAACCAAAAAGAUAAGCCUUCGCAAUCAAAAGGCAAAGGACCUGGCAAAGUCAGCAAAGGAUUCGGCUAGACACCCCCAGCACCACACUCUUCGACUUGAAAACUCCGAGCGCAAGUUGAAGUUGUUGGCCCGAAACGAACGUCAGCUUUUGCAGUUUGAAGAGUCGAUUCGUUUCAUGGCUGAAAACACCCCGUGGAUGCAGCCAAACCGGUUCGACAGUUUCGCUCCGGUGCGUCAGAAGUGCUUUGCGCAGUGGCUAGUUGAUGGCCGAGACCACAUGUGGGUAGUAUCCAGAGCUAUCAACCAGGCGAAGGAUGUAAUUUACAUCCACGAUUGGUGGCUCAGCCCAGAACUUUACAUGCGACGCCCUGCCGCCAUUAGCCAGAAGUGGCGCCUGGAUCGUCUCUUGCAGAAGAAGGCCCGAGAAGGUGUGAAAGUCUUUGUGAUCAUGUACCGCAACAUCAACUCUGCCAUCCCGAUUGACUCCGAAUACUCUAAGUUCUCUCUGCUUGAGCUCCACCCAAACAUCUUUGUCCAGAGAUCUCCGAACCAGUUCCGUCAGAACACUUUCUUCUGGGCCCAUCACGAGAAGCUGUGCCUCAUCGAUCACACGCUGGCUUUCGUUGGAGGAAUUGAUCUGUGCUUUGGACGGUGGGACACGCCUCAGCAUUCGCUCACUGAUGAUAAGCCCACUGGCUUUGAAACUACAGACAUGCCCAAGGAUGCAGAUCACUGCCAACUUUGGCCUGGAAAGGAUUAUUCCAACCCUCGUAUUCAAGAUUUCUAUGAUUUGGAUAAACCUUACGAGGAGAUGUAUGAUCGAUGUGUCGUGCCUCGUAUGCCCUGGCAUGAUAUCUCUAUGCAUGUCGUCGGCCAGCCGGCCCGAGAUCUAACUCGCCAUUUCGUUCAGCGCUGGAAUUAUAUUCUUCGUCAACGGAAGCCAACACGACCAACCCCUUUCCUGCUGCCACCUCCGGACUUCAACCCGGCUGACCUGGAAGCUUUGGGUCUGGAUGGAACUUGUGAGGUGCAAAUCCUGCGCUCCAGCAGCAUGUGGUCAACUGGCACACCAGAUGUCACUGAACACAGUAUCAUGAACGCUUACGUCAAGCUGAUUGAAGAGUCCGAGCAUUUUGUCUACAUCGAGAACCAGUUCUUUAUCAGUACCUGUGAAAUCGAUGGCAGGAAGAUCGAGAACCUGAUCGGUGAUGCCUUGGUUGAGAGAAUCGUCCGAGCAGCCAAGAAUGAGGAGGCCUGGCGUGCUGUUAUUGUGAUUCCUUUGAUCCCCGGUUUCCAAAAUACCGUGGACAGUGAGGGUGGUACCAGUGUGCGUCUUAUCAUGCAGUGUCAAUACCGCAGUAUCUGCCGUGGUGAGACAUCCAUCUUCGGGCGUCUUCGGGCGCUUGGCAUCGAGCCCGAGGACUACAUUCAGUUCUUCAGCUUGCGAACCUGGGGCAAGAUUGGUCCGCAAAAGCAGUUGGUGACCGAGCAACUGUACAUCCAUGCAAAGUGCAUGGUUGUCGAUGAUCGUGCUGCCAUUAUUGGAUCGGCCAACAUCAACGAGCGAUCCAUGCUGGGAUCUCGCGAUUCCGAGGUCGCUGCCAUCGUCCGGGAUACUGAUAUGAUCUCAUCAACUAUGGCUGGCAAACCUUACCUUGUUGGCCGAUUCCCACACACUCUGCGAAUGCGUUUGAUGCGAGAGCACCUUGGCAUCGAUGUCGAUGAGCUUUUGGAGCACGAUUUCUCUACCGAAGAGGAACUUCGCAAGAUCCAGGUUGUCGAAGAAGGCCCCCAGCCGACUAAUGGGCGAGAACGACGCGAAUCAGAGUCGUCCAUGAUCGAACGACAGGAUGAGCGUGAGAUGAUGGAGCGCCGUCAUCGCGUUCAGGAUGAGUUCUUGUCGCGCUCUGAGCACAUGCACAGCUUCAACCAUGACGUUGACUGGGAACAGGGUAAAAACCCCAAUCUGAAGAGCAAUCGCCGCCUGACUGCCGAUCCGCGUGUUACAGACAAUCCUGAGCACAAGAAAGACGUCGACGGCGAUGGUGUCGACCACUUGAUUAAUGCGGAGAAGGCUGGCCUGGGAGUCGGCCGUGAUUCUCAAAUGUCACCAGACGGACGGGAGGCGCUCGUUUCGCCAAUUGCUUCUGAAGGAAAGGGUACAUUUGAGCAGCCCAAACAUGCCUCGGAGCGAAAGUCGUCUCAGGCCCCAUCAACUUCCAAGGCCGGCAAGCAAAGCUCGUCGGCUGAAACUGCCCGUGACUCUGAAGCUAACACUAAUUCCGACACCCCGUCGCUGGGACAUGCCGCCUCUGGUUCAUCAAGCCGCGAGUCCGCUAAUGGCAACGGCGGCUUAUACGUGUUCAAGGAAACCCAGGGCAACUCUACAUAUGACAACCCGCUUGUCCCUGAUCUGAAGCGUAUCUUUGUUGACAAAGACUGCAUGAAGGACCCGGUCAAUGAUGCAUUCUAUCUGGAUACUUGGCAGGCCCUUGCGGAGAAGAAUACAAAGAUCUAUCGGUCUGUUUUCCGGUGCAUGCCAGACAGUGAAGUCAAAAACUGGAAGGAAUACAAGGAGUAUGCAGCAUAUGGUGAGCGCUUUGCAGAGAUGCAAAAUCACCAAGGCGGCAAGCCGGCUCCUUCAUCCAACCAGAAGCAAACCGGCGCUCCCAGUGCUGGUGCUAGUGGCAGUGCCAGUGGGCUCGCCUCUUCAAUGUCGCUUGGCGGCCCUAGAUCUGAAGGAUUCGGGGACUUGAAAGCUCCUCAAACAAUCGACGAGAAGGCCGAUGUCAACAGCGCUAAGAAUGAACUCGAACGGCCGCAAUCCGACCUGGCAAAGCAGGAAACCUUGUCGUCCAUUGAUGAGAAAGUAGCGCUGAAGACGGCAUCCGAACCUCACUUGGUGAGUACCGCCGUGAACAACGAGGAGAGUCUAACCGGCGAGGAUGCCGAAAAGCCACGCUCCGCAUCGGUCCAUGUCGACUACUCCGAGGCUGUGAAUUUGAAUGCGACAUCGACAUCGCAGUCCCGCAGACGGAGACGGCGGGCUACCACCAUCGGAUCCAAGGGCGGCAUCCAUGGAACGGACGAAGUGAUGGACAAGCAACGUGCUGAAGAUCUUUUGAACAAGGUCCAGGGUCAUCUAAUCCUCUGGCCAUAUGACUGGCUUGAAAAGGAAGAGCAAGGCGGAAACUGGCUAUAUGCCUUGGACCAGAUCUCGCCUCUGGAAAUUUAUAAUUAA